GUUCAGUUGUUCACAUUACUCUACAUCCAAUAUUCAACUAGCUCACCAUGGAUUCAAUGAAGUAUGUGCGGUAAGUUCUCACCCAUUCUUCCCAUUGCGGCAAGAUAUCGCAAGAAACCAAAGCUGACUCCUCCCAACAGCGUGGGCAAAUCCGGCCUCAAAGUCUCCAAAGUCAUCCUCGGCUGCAUGUCCUUCGGCGACAAGAACUGGCAACCCUGGCUCCUCGACAAGGACGAGGCCCUCCCCAUCCUCAAAUACGCCUUUGACCGCGGCAUCAACACCUGGGACGUGGCCGACACCUACUCCAACGGCAGAUCAGAAGAAAUCGUCAGCGCCGCCAUCAAGGAGUACAACAUCCCCCGCUCCAAGCUCGUCGUCAUGUCCAAAUGCUUCCAGUUCGUCGACGAGAACAAGGGACCCAUUGACCCGGCCAACUUGACCAGUAACGAAGGACCCCGCGUGAACCAGGUCGGCCUGUCCAGGAAGCAUAUCCUCGAGGCCGUGGACCGUAGUGUUGAGCGUCUCGGCACCUACAUUGACGUCCUCCAGAUCCACAGGAUGGAUCGCGAUGUGCCCCCCGAGGAGACCAUGAAGGCUUUUCACGACGUUAUCGAGAGCGGCAAGGUCCGCUACAUUGGCGCCAGCUCAAUGGCCGCCUGGGAAUUCCAAAUGCUCCAAAGCGUAGCAGCCCGCAACGGCUGGCACCAAUUCAUCUCAAUGCAAGGCCUCUACAAGCUCCUCUACCGCGAAGAAGAGCGCGAGAUGAACGCCUACUGCAACGCCACCGGCGUCGGCCUCUUCCCCUGGUCCCCGCUGGCGGCCGGCGUCCUCACGCACGGCUGGACCGACCGCUCCGACCCCCGCGAGCAAAAGGACCCCUUUUUGCAGAUGCUUUUCCGUGGCGCGGAGAACGGUGCCGAUAGGGCCAUUGUCGGGCGCGUCGAGGAGCUGGCGGGGAAGAAGGGCAUGAGUAUGGCGCAGGUUGCGCAGGCGUGGCUGUUUUCCAAGGGGUCUAUGCCCAUCUGUGGGCUGGAGACCAAGGAGAGAAUUGACCAGGCUGUGGGCGCUUCAAAGGUUCAGCUUUCUGAUGAGGAGGUGAAGUACCUUGAGGGGGCGUAUGUUCCGAAGUUGCCCAUGCCUUUCUAGAUGUUGCAAUUGUUCCGGUGCAGCAUUGUAGUCUUGAGUCCAAGCAAAAUAAACGUAUGGCAACCUUUCAAUGUUCUCUCGAACAUCCACAUUCACAUGUGACAGCGAUAUUUGCAAGUUUGCUCCUGAUAUGCGAUUUGCUUACUCUAUGCAGAGUU